AUGAACAAUCGGCUUUCGGAAUCAACUACGGAGAUGCUUACUUGUAUUGCUUGUUUAGAUCCAAAAGACUCAUUUUCUCAAUUUGAUAUUGGUAAGAUACUCUACCUUGCUAAACUUUAUCCGGAGGAUUUUUCGUUAACUGAUCGUAUAGCACUUGAGAACCAUCUUCCGACUUACAUUCAAAAUGUACGAAAUGAAUUUUCUAUGAUUCAAGAUUUGGAAAGUCUUGCUAAGAAGAUGGUUGAAACUGGGAAACAUAGAGUUUUUAUAUUGGUAUAUCGGUUGAUUGAGUUAACAUUGGUUUUACCUGUUAUGACUGCUUCUGUUGAAAGAGUCUUUUCUGCGAUGAAAAUUAUCAAGACUGAUUUACGUAAUAAAAUAGGUGAUAAGUGGAUGAACAAUAGUUUGAUAGUAUACAUCGAGAAUGAGAUUUUUACCACAAUUGAAAAUGAACAAAUUUUACAACAUUUUUAA